AUGAAUAAGUUAAAAGGUGUAAAUAAUGAGGAAUAUCUAAAAUCUAAAGGAACUGAGUUUAUAAAGAAUACACCAAAUGAGAAUAAACUCAAACAGAAAGUAGCCAGUAGUGUGUUUGCACGUCGUAGCAAACAAGACUCCGACAUUUCAUUAGGAACUGAAUCUUCAACUGAUUUCUAUGAAACUUCAGAGAUAUCUAGACUACAUAGAAUUGCCUUUAGAAGUAUUGUUAUAAUAUGUAUAUCGGCGGCAUUGGAUGGAUGUGAUGAGCAACUUUUACCAGCUUCUUUAAGAGCUUUGGAAGUGGACUUAUACUUGUCACCAAAAGAUUUAGGUAAUAUUAUCUUAUUUCAAAUUUUAUGCCUUGCUUUAAGCUGCCCAAUAUGGGGUUAUCUUGCGGACAGAUAUUCUAGGAAGUACAUUCUAGCUACAGGUGUACUAGUAUGGGGAUUUGUAACUAUACUACUCUCCUUUAGUCAGUACUAUUGGGAAAUAUUGACAACAAGAGCAAUAAAUGGAGCAUUCCUAGGUAGCGUUGGACCUCUUGCUCAAAGUGUCUUAGCUGAUACACUAAGUUCAAAAUAUCGUGGCCUUGGUUUCGGUAUGAUCCAACUUUCUAGCUGUAUUGGUCGUGUAUUUGGAGCUGUAUUAACAACAUCUAUAUCACAGAAAUUAAUUGCAGGCUAUCAAGGCUGGAGACUUGCAUUUCUUUUAGUAGGUACAUUAAGUGUUAUUCUUGGAAUUGUCGUUGUUCUCUUUAUGGAUGAAAUUCCUCACUUGCAUAUUCAUCACUUUAUAAGAUACAAUUCAGAACAAACUCCUUUACGAGAAAAUAGUCAAAGGGUCCAGCUUCAAGAAAUGCAAUCUUAUGCUAUUUCAGUAAUUCGUCCCGAUACAGGUGGUAUAGAUUCUGAUGAAGCAGACCUAUCAGCUAGUGAAUCUCAAACGGACUCUUUAUUAACUACAGAUAGACUAAGCUUAAUUGAAGAAACAUCUCUUGAGGAUGAACGCAAUGAUGGAAGUAUAGCGGAGGAAAAUAUGACACCUUGGGAAUUCGUUAGACAGGUAAUUACUCAGAGCUUGUGUACCAAAAGUGUUAUACUUAUGAUUAUUGAGGGACUCUGCGGCACAAUUCCCUGGAGUGCUCUUACCUUUAUGACUAUGUAUUUGCAAUAUUGUGACUUAUCAAAUUUAGAAGCUGCUUUGGUUAUAGCUGCUAUGUUGUUAGGUUCAAUGAUUGGUGGUCCUUUGGGUGGUAUUAUUGGUGACUAUCUUAAUGAAAAGCUACCAGACCAUGGGAGACCACUUAUUGGUCAAGCAUCAAUGAUUUUGAGAAUACCUAUGUUAUGCUUGCUUUUCUUAGCAAUUCCCAGAGAAUCCUCUUCAUUUGUUUUUUUUAUAAUCAUAGCCUUUUUUAUGGGUUUAUGUGCUAUUGCUGGUGCCGCUGCUAAUAGACCAAUUUUAGCUGAUGUAGUUAGAGCAUCUCACAGGGCUACUGUGUUCUCGAUAGUAGUGUUAUUUGAAGGUGUUUCUGCUGCUGCAUUUGGUGCACCAGUAGUAGGUAUUCUGGCUGAAAAUGUCUUUGGUUAUAAAGCAACAUCUCAGCGUGUAAGUGAUAUGAAUCCUCUAACAAGGUUAACUAAUGCUCAUGCCUUAGCUAAUGCAUUGGUAUUUUUGACUAUACUUCCUUGGUCAAUAUCUCUCUUGCUAUACUCACUUCUUCACCUCACAUAUGGCAGCGAUAAACGACAAUUGAGACAAAUACUAGUGAACUUAUCAGGCUAUCAAAGAACUAGCGUUCAGAAUGAACAAAAUACUAACUUAUCUGCCAUAGGAAAUAUUCAACAAGUAUAA